GAAACCUGAUCGUCCUAGUUAAGUUAUAUAAAGGGGUUUUCCCCAACAAAGAAAACUACUUCUUUCUCAUUAGCUAAUUACUCGGGCAGACGAGAAGACAUACUUCAGAAUAGUGUUUUUUCAAGAGGAAGUGAGAAAAGACCAAUGGCUAGUCAUCAAAUUGCAGGAGGAAUCACUCGGGACGAAGACUCGAGGCCACUAUACUUCAACGGAGAACAUUAUCGCCAUUGGAAGGCUAGAAUGAGAACCUAUGUUCAAUCAAUUGACUAUCAAUUAUGGUUAGUCAUUCAGGACGGACCACUACCGAUUCCUGGCGAUGACAAGGGAAAGAAACAUGAAGGCGAGGCAUCCGCUACUACAUCAAAAAUCAAUAAAUACACAAAAGAACAAAUGGAUGUCAUGCAAACGAAUGCUAGAGCUAAGCACCUACUUUACCAUGCUUUGAGCAUGGAAGAGUUCGAAAACGUCUCAAGUUGUGAAACUGCAAAGGAAAUAUGGGACAAGUUGGAGAUGCUCCAUGAAGGUAUAAUUACACAGAAAGUAAAGGAAGCCAAGAUAAGUCUUCUGUUUCAUGAGUACGACCAUUUCUUGAUGAAAGAAGAUGAAACAAUUAAAGACAUGUUCCGGAGAUUUAAUAAAAUUCUUGGAGACCUCAAGGCUUUAGGAAAAUCCUACUCUAAUGGUGAACAAGUCAGAAAAAUUCUGAGGAUUUUGCCUAGAGUGUGGCAAACUUAUGUUGAUGCAAUUCCAUAUGAAAGUUUUGUUCAAAUGUCAUAUGAUGAACUUCGAAACAAGCUGAUUGUUUAUGAGAAAUCUUUUCUUCAGAGGCAUGGACAGAUGUUGCAUUCAAAACCUUUCUUGAUGAAAUAG